GUCGGUGUUGUAAACUCUGUCAUACGACGUUUAUAGAGCUUGCGUUUCUUCCUUAAAAAACAGUUUUUAAACGAAUUUUUGCUUCAUGAUGGACAGCAUGAUGAUGAGCCUUGACGAGAUCAUCAAGUCAAAUCGCAUUCGCCAAAAACCAAAAGAGAAACGUGUUGCUCCAAAAGGAAAUCGUCGUGCUGGGGGAAAACGUUUGACCGGGAAGAUAUCGCCAGGAAAUGGAUCUGGAAAGGUUCGUAAAUUCCGCAAGAGGACUGGAGCCACUCAGAAGAUCAAGUCCUCUCGAGGCAACGGGAUUAGUGGAGAAAAAAGACCCACUUCCCUGAUGGUUUGCAAUUUGGACUACGGCGUGAACGAUGCGGACAUCAUGGAACUGUUCAAUGAAAAUGGAAUGAUGAAGAAAGGGGCUGUGCACUACGACAGCUUUGGUAACUCAUUGGGCACCGCCGAAUUGGUAUUUCAAAAUAGCGAUGAUGCCAUGAGAAUCCUAAAGAAGUUCCACGGGGUUCGUUUGGACGGUCGUCGAUUGAAAAUACAUCUGGUUCUGACCACUCCCGAUGUCAAGCCCCAACCAUUCAAGUAUCGUCCUUUCAAGCGCUCUUUUAAGCGUGCUUAUUUGAAGUCUCGGAACAUCAACCGCAGUGUUGGAGAUCUUGAUUCUAUGCCUUGGGGCAGCAGCUUUGGAUCGAACUCGAACUAUAUGCAGGAGCCCGACAAAGAUGUCAUUAUGGGGAGCUGGUUGCCAAACUGGACUCGUUUCUGAAAGUCACAAAUGUAUAUAUACCUCAUGUAUAUUCAAUACUCUUAACCAGGGAAAACUUUUCAUGGUACAGAUAAAUGUAUUGACCAAGUAAUACACGAAGAACAAUUGACUUUGCAUACGAUUCUAACGAUCUUUAAACCACUUCACUCAACAUAUAUCAAUAA